UCCACCCACCCCCCCCCUCGCCCCGUCUCCGGGCUCCACCGCCCCGCGUUCCUCUCUGUCUCUCUUCCGCCCCUUUCUCCCCCUCUCUCGGUGGUUGAGUCCGGGGGGGGCGGAGCCUUUGCCGCGGGGACAAGAUGGCGGCGGAACAGAGUUCAAAUGGUCCUGUCCGGCGUUCUAUGCAUGAGAAAGCAGUUGAUCGUAGAAAUAUAAACAAGGAGCACAACAGCAACUUUAAGGCUGGUUAUGUCCCAAUUGAUGAAGAGAGACUGCACAAGACAGGGUUAAGAGGUCGUAAGGGCAAUCUGGCCAUUUGUGUAAUUGUCCUUAUGUUUAUACUGGCAGUAAUUAAUUUAAUUAUUACGCUUGUUAUCUGGGCAGUAAUUCGAAUUGGUCCCAAUGGUUGUAAUAGUAUGGAGUUCCAUGAGGAAGGGUUGCUACGGUUCAAACAGGAAUCUGACAUGGGAGUGGUAUAUCCCAUGCACAAGAGCACCGUGGGAGGCAGACGAGAUGAAGACUUGUUAAUCACUGGCAACGACCAACCAGUGGUGUUUCAGCAGGGAACAACAAAGCUGAGCGUAGAGAAAGAUAAAACCUCCAUCACCAGUGAUAUUGGCAUGUCUUUUGUUGAUCCCCGGACCCAGAAAACUGUGUUCAGCACUGACUAUGAUACCCAUGAGUUCCAUUUGCCCAAGGGCGUGAAGACUCUGAAUGUACAAAAGGCAUCCACAGAGAGGAUAACGAGCAAUCAUAGCACUGAUCUACAGAUUCAUGCUGGUGGCCGAGUGGUUGUGCGUGGAAAUGAAGGAGUCUUUAUCAUGGGCAAAACCAUUGAAUUUCGCAUGAGGGGUGAUAUGGAACUCAAGGCUGUAAACAGUAUUAUUCUUAAUGGAACUGUGAUGAUUAACACAUCACGGCUUCCAAAUUCAUCGACUGGGGAGUUCCUGGUAGACAAUGGCUGGGAGCGCUAUAAACUCUGCAUGUGUGCAGAUGGAACGCUCUUCCGAGUCCAGGUGAAAAACAGAAAUACAGGUUGUCAAACAUCCAGUAAUCCCUGUGGAAUCAUGCACUGAAGAUGACAACCUACAAGAGAAUGAGAAAUGAAGGGAAUGAUGAUAGCAUGUUAUCAAAUGUCUUUCAUAUAAAAAGUGAGUCCAAUUUAAUGCAGAAUAAUCACUAUUAACCAACCCCAUAUAGCCACUGUCGCUUGUGACUCAAGUGCCUGAUUAUUUUAAAACGUAACAAAAAAAUUAAGAUACAAGAGUUGCCAUUGCUGAUCUGCAAGUUGAAAAAGUGGCAUUCUGUUAAAAGCAGGAAACAAAUCAAAUUGGGUGGAGAAAGACUACAUAGUACAGUAGGUAUUGGACGAGAGUAUAGAUAAAGAUAAAUAAAACUUCCGAUAAAAUUAAAGCUGGAGUUUAAAACCACAAGUAAAGUUCCAUUCUCACUCAAAGCAUUUUUCUUAACAUUGGAAUUAUUCCAUUUUCAGUAAAUGACAUUCAUCUAAUAUCAGUAACAAAGAGAACACUAUGUUUACCUUUGGAUUUAUAAAACUAGCUCCACCUCAUCAGUAUAUUUUGGAGUUUGGCAACAAAUAUGCAAUGAAUUUGUAUGAAAGCAUAAUAAAGCUAAGCAGUUUAUAAUUAUUGUGGAAUUGGACUAGGAAUUUCCUAUUUCUAGAUGUUAAAGCAAGACAAUGCAAUUGCCAUUGAACACUUAGAAGUGAAACUUACCUUUUUAUUACAUAGUAGAUGUCCCUAAAAACCUAUGUAUUAGUAAUUCAAAAUCAGAAGAAAAUUAAUUGAGUUUGGGGAACCUCAUUUUAACAUCCUAUCUGGAGGGAUUCUUAUCUUAUAUACCUAAUUUUCUAUUGAAUAUACUUUACCAACACUGGUUUACAAUGUAAUUUUUAAUCACUGCAUUGCAAAUCCCGAGCUAUAAUAUUGUGAUGACAUUUAAAGAGAUUGACUAGGAUUUUUCACCAAGCUGGUGUGAGUCUAUGGUUCUUGUCCAGUUAAUUUUAACGAAAAGAAUCAUGAGCAAGGAAUUGUGCAACAGAAGACCCUGAGCACUGUUCUUUUCGCUUACUUUAAGCUUUGAAUCAGAAGGGGACAUGCUUUAUAGCAUAAUAGGAAUACUGCUCCAUUUUCAGGGUGCAGAAAAUGUGCCUUUUUUUAAAUUUUGAUUUUUGUCAGAGUUACCAUGGAAAACUCCUUUGAAACAUGAACAGGAUAGGUAAAAUGAAUUCUCAUGAUCAACCAUAUUCUAAUUUAAUUGUAUUUAAUAUGUUUGGAAGAAGUAAAUAAGAAAUAAACAUAAUAAAGUAGUUGAAGUAAAACCUAAGUAUUAAUACAAACUUUACUGCCCUGUAGUUUUCUGAAAAUGACAAGGUAAAACCCUUUUAAAAGCAAUCAUUGAAAAUUUAAAUUAAUUAGUUGAAAGCCCAGAUGUGGGCUUUUCAUUGAGUUAAACUUGUUUAUGCGUGUUUUAAGCUAAGUUAAAGAAAUGGCUCACCUUUCAUUGACUAAGCUAAAAGUCAAAACACUCAUCUUUCUCCAUGCAUAUCACUCACAAAACUUUUUUGUAGUGAAAGAAAAUGGCAAAUAGUUUAAAUGUCAUGUUAAAUAUUGUUUUCCUUCUAACUAAUGGCUUUCCAAAUUAAAAAUUGGAAUAAACCUGCUUGAAAUAUUAUGGAAAGAGUAAAAUUUGUGACUGAAAAUCAAUUUUUUCAAAGAGACUGUUAAUCAUUUAUGAAGUGUGAAUGCAUAGGUAACUAAGCUUUGGAGCCCAUAGUGUUAUCCAUUGUGCCAGAUAACCAUGGUCCAAUGACUUGUUGAGAUUUAUAGAUAAGAUUACUUUUUGUAUAAACAAUGGAAGCAAAAGAAAACGGAAGACAGCACAACCACAUUGAGGAUAAGAUUUAAUCUCACCAUCACUGAAGGAUAUAGGCUUGUCAGGUCUGUUGAAAGAUGGUCUGUUGAAAGAUUUUAACAUAGGAUCAUCUUUGUGUCUAUUUUGGCCCUCAUGCAUGUGAAUGACUUGAUUAACAUUCAGUUCAGACUGUGGUUAAAAAUCAAACUAGGAAGUUAAAGAUACUCCUAAUCAAUACGAGAGAGUGUGAAGAGUAGCAAAAUAGGAGCUAUAUGCCGAUCAACAAACUAUUUUGUUUCCUGCAACUGCACAGUAAAUCUGUUAUGUUCAUUGCACUUAUUUCGUUUUACAGCAAGAACAGUCACUACACCAUGUAAUUUGCAUGGUGCAGUGAUGACUUUAGCCUUGACAAGCUCCUAUUUCUAACAGAAAUAAGAGUAAAAAUUUUAAAGUAGUCAUUAAAUUCAAGUUACAUAUUUUUAAAAAAGAGGUGUCUUGUGCUCUGAGCAUCAUGCUUAUGAUUUGACGUCUAAGCUACUAAAUGGAUUACUGCUUUGUAAUUGCUCCCAAGUAUCUGUUGUUCAGUAUUACAUGUGUAUAUCUUAACAAAAUUGUAGUAUAGCUACAAUGGUGCUGCUUCUUCACUAUUCCUUUCUCAUAAGCCAGUACUACACUGAACAUUGUCAUGGUAGUGAAUUACUGGAAAACUAAUAGUUGCUUGUAACUGAUUAUUCAGUUAUUGGUACCAAGUGCUGACAGUAGCAGCUUAUAGUUCUAUCACAUUAAGCAGUUUAUUAAAACAACUCAAAAGAUCGCACUGUUUUAUAUAUAACAACCAGCAUAGUUUAGAUUUAAUUUUGAUUUCAUUGCAAAUUGCUUUUUGUUUUGCAAUAUGCCCUCUCUGGCAUAUUUAUAUAUCUACUUAAAAUAUAUUAUUUUUGUGAUUAAAUAUACUGUUGCAUGAUGUAAAGAAUUUUCAGUUUUAAACAUGGAGAUAAAAUGACAGAUGGAUUGCAGCUAGUGCUGGAAUAUGUUCAAAUCAACUAAUUUUGGAGAUGUUUCCAUAUAAUCACUUUCCGAAAGACCAUUUGCCUUUUAUUACCCAUCCAACUUUUUUUGCGAAGACUACAAAUGUUUCUUAAUUAAGUUUAAGGAGAAAGUGUUAACCUGGUGCCUUUUUGCAAUAUUUUUUCUAAAUUGUUUUAACUUCCUCCCCGCCCCCCCCCAUCUCUUGAUUUUGUAAAAAUAAAACAACUAUCCUGGAAAGAGUUGGUUUGUCCAACGCUUUGGGAGCUGAAUUUACUUGUUAAUUAAGCUCUCACAAACACAAAUCAAUUUAAAUAAAGAAAAAUGAAUAAAACAAGAUGUAAUCUUGAGACUUAAAUAGAAAAAAGGGUGGUAUAGAGAUCUCUAAUGCUUAUAGAAACAAACAGCGUAUUGGUAUUACAUUUUUGUUAGUGAUCAGACUGCUAGUUUAACAUGCUGAACAAUAAGUUCUCAUCAUGGCAUUCUUGAACAGCACCUACAUUUGUUUGUAAUUAUUAUUUUAUGAGAGCUAUGACAGUAUGGCAAAAGUGUUGGUCUUAACAUGGGUGCAUUAUCCUGCAGUACAUCUCAUCAGUUGUCUUUACACUACAAUUGUAGGAAACCUUUUUAUUAAUGUUUACAAACUCAGAAUUGCCAAGUAUUAAUUAUCGCCCUGUGUUUUGUGUUUAAUAAAUGCUAUUUGUUUGAA